CAGAGGUUCUGCUCUUGAAAUUUCUUCUCGAAGGGAAGACGACAAGUUUGCAUCGUUUAAGAUGUUGAUUUGACAAUGUAAUACAAAAAGCUUUCUUAUAGAACAGGGCCAUCCCGAGCAAAGGGAGAUCUCGUUUCAUAAUGGAAAACAGAAGAGGUAAAGGAAACGUCUCGUUAGAAAUUGAAAAUCUGGAACUGAAAGCGGCCGUAGAGGGGAAGGAGAGCAUUAUUCGCCAGCUGCAAGACGAAGUGAAAGUUGUACGGGAAUCAAAAGAGACACGAAUGGUAACCACUGAGCGAGUUUAUCGUGAAAAUGAGGUUCAAGAGCUCCAGAGCGUGGUACAGAAUAAAGAGAUUGCUGUUAAACAACUUCGAGAAGAACUGACGCACGCUCAUCAUAACACUGAACAGGUGUACCAGCAGUACGCACGCGCGAGAGGAGAACUAGAGGCGAAGGACGCCACGAUCAGCAGGUUGCAUCAAGAAAAUGACAGAUUACAAGAAACACUGGAGACAACCCAAAAUGAACGACUGCAAACGCUGGAUAAACUCAGCGGCGUGCAAGUGGAACUCUCUGCACUGCGCGUGGAUAAGAAUUGGCUAGAAAGUCAGUUAAAGUUUCAGAAAGAAACUUCAUCGUCGAAAACUUCGCGGAGUUUUGGUAGCGAAACGACAAUUAUCGAGGGUAGGGAAGAAUUAGUGCUAACUAUGGAGAGUGUCGCGAAAGAUAAACAGACUUUACAAGAGUUGAUCAAUACUGCUUCGCAUUAUGAGGAAAUUAUACGCAGUCUGGAAAGUGGCAGAAGAACUGAGGGGGUUAGCUCGCGCGAAUCGUAUCGAUUUGCUUCUUCUACAUCUUCAAGCCCACGACGAGGCGAACUAUCGAACAUUGAUGAGAGUUAUGUGUUGGAGCUCGGCAGUAAAAUGUCGGAAGUUGAAGAACGGUUACAAAAAGCCGUCGUAUCGCAAAAGUACCAGCUGCAGGCCGAGAGAGAGCAAUUAAUUCAAGAAUUUAAGAAUAUGCAAACUCAGCUUUUACAACAUCAAAGACACCAUGAAAUGCAAAAGAAUGAAAUUUCGUCAAAAGAGACGCUUAUACAAAGACUUAAAGCUGCAAAAGCCACUUUAGAGACCGAGGUGGAAACACUCAAAAGCGAGCUGGCAGCCUGCCGAGCAGAGAGUGACAAAUAUUUACAAGAACAGAGAAAAUUUCAACAUGAUUUGACAUCUUCCAGAAGUAAAAUCUCCAAACUUGAAGCCGAGUUAGAGAACGAGAGACGGCAAAGAGAUAUGGAAAAGCGAAGAUCUCAAGAAAUUAGCUCACACAGUCACACAGAGAAAGAAGAGUUAUCCAAACUAAAAAUUCAGUUUCGAGAGCAGUACCUGCUGAAUGAGAACCACAUGAGAGAGAUCGCUGCCAAAGAUAAUCUUGUCCAGCAGCUGCGGGAGAAACUGGAGACAAGCGCGGUUGAGGUGGAAAAAUUGAAGUCAACGCGUACUGCUAUUCAAGUUUCACAAACGGAAGUUGGACGAGACCGGGAAAUUUUACAAGAGAAACUUCUCGCCUCGGAACGAAGGUUUGCCGAGUUGGAGAUUUCCUACGAAGAUUGCCGACAGAAGAACGAGAGAUUACAUCGUGAAAUGCAGGAAUACAAACAAAAGCACUUCAGAGUCGAAGCUGUGGAUGAUUCACUUGAACAAAAAAAAUUAGACCUUGAAAAUGAACUUGUAAUUGUUCGGAAGAAGUUGUCAAAGCUUGAAAGUGCGUAUGAAAGCUGUCAAAAGGAGAAGCUACAGCUUCAGCAAGAGUUAAUACCUGCAAAUACUAAAAUGGCACAGCUGAAAAACGCUUAUGAGAGCUGUCAACAACAGAAGGUCCAACUACAACAGGAAGUCCUCUCCUCGCACAAGCGGAUGGGCGAGUUUGAAGCUAAAACGGAGCGAUACAAACAAGAAAAGGCAGAAAUUCAGCGCGAUAUGAAAGCUAAAGAAAACCGAUUUAACAGAGUUGAGCAGCAACUUCAACGAACUCAGAGCGAAAAGCAAAGCCUGGUGGAGAAAUUAGAGGAGGCCAAAAGACGGCUGGUGAAUGUUUCGGAUGAUGGAAAGCAGAGAGAUAACCAAUGGUAUGACCAACAGAAGAAGUGUGAUGAUCUCAGUACAGAAGUGCAGAACAGAGACAAAACGGUGCACCAGCUUAGAGACGAAAAGGAACUACUGGAAGCUGAAAUUCAGAGAUUCAAGCAAGAUUUUGAGACGUUGAAUAGGGAGCUCGCAGCCUGUCAGCGGGAAAAAGGGAACUUGCAAAAUGAUUUGGUGAUCGAGAGACAGCGAAAUGCCGAGUUCGAAAAAGAUUGCGAACGUCUAAAACAAGAACGAGAAAAUCUUCAACACGAGUUGAAUUCUAUGAAGGACAACAACGCACAGUGGAAAGAUAUGUGUGAAAAAAUCCAAAACGACAAGGAAAGAUUACAACAGGAAGUGUUGACGGCUCAAAGGAACAUCUCGAGGUACGAGUCGAGCCGUGAUAGCGAGAAACGAACCUCACAACAGGACACCAUGGUAUUGAGGACCAAAAUAAGCGGACUUGAAAGUGAAAUUCAAGAACUGAGAAGGAAUGAAGAAAGCUUGAAAACUAAAACGAUGGAGAUUCAGAGGUGCAAAGUGGAAUUUAGCAAAUUAGAAAGGGAGAUUGAAGAUGGCGCCAGGCGGUUCGAGCGCGUUAACAAAGAGAGUGAAAUGAAGGAGAGUCUUGUGCAGCAGUUGAAAAGGGAAAACAUGGCGCUUAAAAAAGAGCUGGACUCAGCGCUUGAUGAAUCUGGAGAUCAUUCCACAAGUUAUGUUCCCGACACAAGAACUUUUGAAGUUGAGUUGGAAUUACUUCAAAAUCAACUCGCAGACACAAAUGCGCACGUGCGAGAACUUGAGGAAGACUGUGAUUCCGGGCGGCAAAAGAACCUGCAGCUCCAAAAGGAGAUAGUUUCCCUCGAAGCGAAGAACUCCGAGUUGGAUAAAGCUUAUGGAAGAGUGCAAGAACAAGAAAGAAGGCUACACCAUGAGCUUGAAAGUUGUAGAGGCAGUAUUAGCAAGCUUGAAAAAGAGAUAUUGUUCCACCAGGACAAUAAGAGCAAAAUAGAGAGCGCUUUUGAGAAUUCAGAAUUGAGAAAAGACGAGUUGUCGAGGGAAAUACUAGAGGUACGAAAGAAGCUCUCAGAGCUUGAAAACCUUUACAAAGCUGCAAAGAACGAAGGUGAAUCAACUAGAGAAACAGAUCGGGCAAACAUUGCAAAGCUUGAGACCCAAGUAGAAAAUUUAUCCAAGCAAAAGCAGCGACUGCAGCAAUUAUUAGAGGAGAGCAGAGAUGCAGCUCGAAGAUACCAAGAUGAACUGCACAGGGCCCAGACGAGACUGCAAGAGCUUAUGAGAGACUCUGAAGUGUACCACAAGGAUAUUCACUCCAAGGAAACACAAAAUAAAAAGAUUCGAGUAGAAAAGGAAACUAUUGAGAGGGAACUUGAAAGCGUUCAGGUUCAGCUGGUAAACACCACUUCCAGCGUGGAGGCGUUUGAUACGGAGAGAUACGAAAUUAUGCAAGAGAUGCGCUUGGCCAAGGACAAGGUCCAGGAGUGGGAAAAUGCGUACAAGAUGCUGCAACAAGAACACGAGAGUCUAGAAAAGGAACUACGAAAUGCUCAGAAGAUGGUGAAUGAGGUGGAAAACGAGUUCAAUAAAAGCCAAAAAGAUCGACAAAAUGAAAUCCGUACCAAUCACCUGAAGGUCAGCAAGUUUGAGUCACAAGUCCAAGUGGUUCUUAAACAGCGAGACUCUCUGAAGGAACAGCUCGAAGAAGUUCGUGACGAGUUGAAGAAAACCAAAGAUGAGUAUACACAUUUGCAGAAAGAAUUCAUCCAGCACCAGCAACGAUGUGAUGCGUAUCGAAAGGAGCUCUUAGCAAAGAGUCAUCAAAUCGAUAAAUUAGAAGAUGAGAAAAACAAUUUAAUGAGGAAGAUGGAACAGAUGAGACUUGAACUGGGACAAAACGAAAUGACAGGCCAGGCUGUGAAGCAGAAGAGAGACAUCUUAGAAGACGAUUUGCAGUCAGCUGGAAAUAAGAUAACAGAGCUUGAAUAUAAUUUGACCUCACUGCGAUCAGAGAAGGAUGAGAUUCAGAAAGACCUAUACCGCGUGACCAACAAGUUGACGACUGUGGAGGACUCAUACGCCAGGGCUCAAGAAAAAGUGAAAGAUCUUGAGAUACAGUUGAAUGCUGCUCGUAAGGUCAUAGGUGAUCUAGAAGAGGAGCUAUCUAUCAUAAAGCACAAAGCUUCCCAGCUUGAAACAGAUCACGGGUAUAAAUUUGGUCAAAUCGACGAUUUAGAGGAAAAACUGGAUGCGGCUCACAGGAGUUUGUCUGAGAUCGAGUCCGCGUAUGAAUUUAGCGAGCGCGAGAAAGAAGAUCUUAAACAACAACUUACACAUGCAGAGAGAAAGGUAUCAGAACUCAGGCAGACAAUUCAGAGAAAUGAAGAAGAAAAUGAUGAUUUGGAAAGACAACUGGAUAGCACUCGACAUCGAACAACGAAGCUUGAAGGUCAGUUAAAUCAUGCGCAGAGGCAAAAAACGCAGUACAAAGAACAGUUAGAGGAUGUUAGGGCAAAGCUGUUAAAAUGCAAAGAUGAACUAGUAACAGUACAAAGUCACCUUUACGACUGUCAGCGAAGUUUAGAUGCUUUGCGGAAAGAUGCUUCCGGCAAGGACAAUACCAUAACAGAGCUACGAGGCAAGUGCUUUUCUCUUGAAACGACGCUUGGACAGACGAGUGAAACGCUCGACAAAUAUCAAACAGAGAACGACUUACUUCAACAAAGCAAGCAAGAUCUCCAAGAAGAACUUCUACAAAAUCAAGAAAAGUUCCAAGAACUUGAAGCCAUGUACAAGCUGUGUGAACACGAAAAGAAAAGGCUGGAGGAAGAGAUUCACUCGUUUUACAAGAGACUCGCCGAACUUCAAGGAUCUUAUCAAACGUGUGAACACGAAAAAAUGGACGCACAACGUCAAGUGAUGGUUCUGGAGCAGAAAGUGGACAAACUAGAGGCUGCUUUAGAGCAGACACAAAGAGAGAAAGCUUCCUUAGAAUAUCACUCUGGAGAUCUAAAUGUUUCAAACAAGAAGACCGUGGAUGAAUUGACUGUUGUCAAAAUUCGUUUGGAGGAAAACCAGAAAUCAGUUAGCGAGUAUUCACACCAAUUGCUCGAGAAGGAAAGGAUUGUCGAGGAAUGCAAAUUGAAGAUAACUUCACUAACAUCUCAAAAUGAAUAUUUGAACUCAGAAUUGACGAAGAAGAAGGAGCAAGUCUGGCAGACAGAAAAUGAUAGACGAAAGCUACAAGAGAAGUGGAGAGAAACAAGCGAUGAAGUUAUCAGGAUGAAGCCAUUGUGGGAGACUGCACAGCGCAAAAAAGAUCAACUUGAAACAGAGUUGCAGUCAAACCGAAAGAAGGUGGCAACGUUGGAAUCUGCCUUAAAGAAAAACGAAGAGAGGGGAAAUCAGACUGAAAAAGAGCUGAAUACGUGCAAAAGUAAACUAUCAGACCUCGAAACAGAGUUAAACUCUAUGCGAAAAAAGGUUUCCGUGAUGGAGUUGCAUUACGAAGAGGCAAGAAAGGAACUGGAAGAAGUGCGAGAAGAGCUGAGAGCAGCACAAGAGAAGAACACGAGGUAUUCUAUUCAGCUUGAUACAGCUCAAGGCGAGGAGUUAGAUCUCCGGCGACAAAUCGCGGCUCUGGAGAAGAACGUCGAGAAAGGUGACGAAGAAAUCUCAAGUCUCCGUCAAAAUAAGGAGGCUUCUGAAGAGGAGCUUUUCACAAUACGUAACAAAAUGACACAAAUGGAAUCGACGAUUCGCGCAUUGGAGUCACAGAAGCAGAACUUUAAAGAGCAAUUAACCGAUUCGAGAGACAAGACUGUGGAGCUUAAAGAAGAAAACGUUAAGGUUGCUAGUCAGUUAAGAGAGCAACAAGGCCUGGCGCAGUCCUUGAAAAAGGCUCUUGCAAAGAAAGAGAAGACUGUCGAGGAACUGAACGAAAGGAUUUCUGAGCUUGUAACAGAGCUGGAAACACUCCGCCACGAAGGAAUGACGAUAAAAGUAUCCUGCGAGACUCUUCAAGGGGCACAAGAAGACCUUGGUGUAAGACUGAUGGAGUACGAAAGCAAGGAUGAAACGACUCAGAAUGAAAUAAAGGAGCUUCGUGAUUUACGGGAAGAGCUGGAACGGGAAUUGAACAUUGCUGUUCAAAAGAACUCAGAACAGGAAAGCCAAUUGAAGAAUUUGCAGCGUGAAAAAGAGAGAAUGAAAUCAAAUCUUGACGAAACUGUCAGGAAGCUUGCUAAACAGUCUGAAGAUGGUUCGAGAGUGCAGAAGGAUUUACAAGAAUAUCAGAUAGUCAUCGAACGGUUAAGAGCUGAAAACAAAGCCAUGAACUCUCAAAUCGAGGAGCUAAGAGCAGUGAAAGUGGCUGUGGAGAGCGAGUUAGCAAACGUGCGCUCGGAAUAUGAAGAAGAUAAAUCAAAGAACGAAACAAACGAGAAGAACAUCCGAGAAGCUGAUGAUGAACUCAAGCGGUGCAAAAAUGAAAUCUCGCGAUUAGAGGACUUGAUAUUUGACAUAGAGAAGGAGAGAAAUACCUUAAAAAAAGACUUGCAGGUCUCUAAUUCUAGAUGUCUAGAAUUCGAAGGCUUGGUUGUGAAGUCUUCUCAGGUCGAAAGCGACCUAAGGCAUGAAUUACAAAGCUACAAUAAUAAGAUAAUUGCUUUGGAAUCGGAAUGUAAAAUGUCUAAAAAUCUAAGAACUGAAAAUAAUCGUGAGAACGAGCUGCUGGGAAAGAAGUAUCGAGAUCUUGAUGAAGUAUUUAAGAAAAGCGAUCGAGAAAGAAAAGAAGUGAGACAAGAGCUGAUUAUAACGCAAAGCAAAUUGCAAGACCUGGAAUACAAAUACGAGUAUGAGUGCAAUGAACGAAGCUCACUGUUUAAACAGCUGGAAGAAGCAACUGGUCAACUAUCUGCCGCUCUCGACAAAACCCUCAAUCUAGAGCAGAAAGUCGCAGAACAGACGAUUCUUUUAGAUGUGGCCAACCAGGAAGUCGAUGGGAAGGACGAGGUUAUUCGUCAGCUGAAGAGCAGCAAGAUGUUUUUGGAGGGGCAGAGAGAUAACUUAAAGCAAACUGUGGCGUCCGGAAAGGAAGACUCUGAACGUCUACAACAAGAGAUUACUCGUUUCCAACGCGAAAGCCUUCAGCUGCAUAAGAGGGCGGCUGAACUGGAGUCAAAGCUUUCAAAAAUGUUCGCAGAAAAAGAGCGAGCUCGAGAGGACGUCAAUAAAUACAAAGACGAUUUAUUUUCUCUCAAGAGUCGCCUGGAUGAGUCACAAGAGGAGAAAGAAGAUCUUGAACACCAACUUGAGGAGUACAAACAAAGCGCUUUAAAUUACAAAAAUGAAGUUUUGACGUUCCAGCGGCAAGUCACAGAGCUCACUGGUCAACGUGACGUGUUAAAGGAGACAUUGGACGCAAAGGAAGGAUCUAUGGGGCAGUUACGAGAGUCUAAGAGAAUUUAUGAGGAAGAAACUGAACGAUUACAAAAUCUUCUAAAGGAAAAGGAAAAAGAGAACGAUUUGUUGACCACAAAGAGGAAGGAGUUGGAAACUAGUUUGAGCUCUGCGUUGCAACAGCUAGCAGAAGCAGAGAGCACACUUAAGGCGAAUCAAGAAACUGUUAGAAGACUAGAAAGGGAAGCAGAUUCUCUGAGAAAUAAACUGGAGGAUAUGGAAAGAAAGCUGACAGAACUCAGAGAGAGGGAAAAUGAAGUCCAACGAAAUAAUAUUGUUUUAAAAUCACAAAUAUCAAGUUUAGAAUCUGGUUACCAGGCCUGCCAAGGGGAUCGUAGCGACCUGGAGGAAGAAACCCAGUCUCUCCGAGAUGAACUGGAGAAAACAAGAAAAUUACGAGACGAAGAGCUUGAAGAACUCGACAAAUUACGAUCCGAGGCGCAAAUGAGCAGAAAUAAAGUGUAUUCUCUAGAAACGCAGAUACAACGAAUUGAAAGAAUCAAGAAUAAUCUGGAACAACAAGUCAAUACAUUGACACCUGGGAGUAAUGACGCUAACGGUGAACAGAUCCGUCUCCAAAGAAGAGUCCAAGAACAAGAUAUUCUCCUUGAGUCUCGCAACAGAGACUGUGCAAGCAAAGAGGAAACCAUUGAAAUGUUUAAGGCGGAAAACACCACCCUGAAAGUGGAUGUCAGGAGUCUGCAGGAGGAAAAUAUUAGUAUCAGAUCAAGUAUAGAAUUGCUUCAACGUAAAAAGGAUGCUUCUGAUAAGGAACUAUUCGAUGCUUUGAAGAAAGGUUCAGAGUAUGAGCUUCGCCUUGCCACGGCACAGGAGGAAAGUGAUGAGUUGAACAGAGAGCUGGUGGAAAAGCAGGAAAAAGUUUCCAGUCUGCAGGAGGAAUUGUAUCGAGCUCUGAAAGAUCUGGCGAGUGUAAGACACGAACUGGAAGAUGUACAAUCUCGCGCAAAAGAAAGUAAAGAUAUAGUCGCUGAUUUACAGCAGCGCCUUGAUGAGAAAGAAACAGGUUUUGAGACAAACAAAAACACUUACGAGGAGAAGGACAACAAGAUUGAUUCGUUACAAUUAGAGGUCAGCACACUAGAACAAGAGCUAAAAUCCUUGACAGAAGAAUUGAGUAACGAGAAGGAAAGACACAAGCACACUCAAGAAGAAAUAGCUAAAUCGCGGACGGAAUUAGAAACAUGUGAAGCACGUGCAGCCAACUUGGAGGACACUGCAACACGUCUUAGAAAGGAAAAAGAUGAUUUGAAGAAGGAGGCUUUGUCGAAUCAAGCUGUCGUUGCUGAUCUCACAGAGAGAUACCAAGCCUUACAGAGGGAACACGAGGGCCAAGAACACAAGGCUAUGUCACUGCAGCAAAAGCUCACCUACUUAGAGGAAAGAUACAGGAGCAUAUCUGAAGAUAAAGACAAACUCAAGGAAGAGUACCAUGUGCUCAAACGAGAUACAUCCGAGAUGAAAAUUGCACUGGAUAGCGCUCAGCGAGAAAAAGGCAAACUUGAGGGCGAAUUGACAGUUGUGAAACAACAGAGCAUAGACCUGAAAAGUAGAGUAACUGUAAUUCUUCAAGAAAAAGACAAAUCUUCUGUGGAAAUCUCAUCCAUGAACACUUCACUAACAACAUUGCAGGCGGACUACAACACGAUUCUUUCUCAAAAGGAAGAAAAGGACAAGGAAAUAGUUGAACUUCAUAAAAAAUUGUCCAAAAAUGUGUUUGAGCACGGUGAAUAUGAAAAAACAAAGGUUUCUUUACAAGGAGAGGUCCAAGCACUUCAGAGAAAGGUGGACGAGUUGGAACACACUGUAGAGUAUUUAGAACAAAAAGACAAACAGCUUCAAGGAGAGUUCAUUGAUUCUCACAAAAAGAUAACAGCACUCGAUCAAGAACUCAUUGUGGCUAAGAACAAAAUUACCAGAAUGGAGGCUUUUAGUGGUGUGGAGAAGGAGAAGAUGAAAGUCCUUAGCGAUGAUCUUUUCAAUGCGGAGCAGAAAGUAGCACAACUUGAAACUGCUUUGACGUCAAGUCGAGAGAAGGAGUCACAGCAACAGAACGACCUCAUGGCUGCUUACAAGAAAGCAACUGACUUUGAGGUGGCUUACCAGACAAGUCAGACGGCGAAGAACCAACUACAGCAGGAUAUUAACAUGUACAGGAAUAAAUUAACAACAAGCGAUCGUAAAUUGCAAAGCGAGAUUAAAAACAGAGCACAGCUUGAAAGCCAACUUCAAGACGCAAAAUUCAAGAUUGAAAAUCUGAAGACAGAGGUGGUGAAACAUCAAAGAAAACUAACCCAACAGCAACAGGAAUAUGAAACCACACAAAACGAUACUGAAAACAAAACCAAGGUUAUUGAGAAUCUUCAAUCAUCUAAGAGGAGCCUUGAAAAUGAAGUCCAUGAUCUUCGAAGAGAUCUCACAAGUUUAAAAUUGACUUCUGAAAAACUUAGUCACGAGAACAAAGAAUUGCAGAAUCAAUUGGAGGUCAGUCAAGAGCGCCUGGCAGAUGUGGAGUCUACCGCUGAGUUGAGCACCAUAGAGAACGACAGACUCAGAACAGAGGUACUGCACCUGGAAACGUCGUAUCAGGAAGCGCAGCUGGUAUGCCAGAUGCUACAGAAAGAAAAAGAAGUUCUUAAUUCUCAGCUCCUCGAGGCUGCUGCCCCAGAUUCGGUAGCUUUUGGAUCGACGGAUGACUCCCUGAAGAAGGAAAAGGAGGAUCUAGAAAGUCAGCUCUCCAAAGUUGAAAAAGAUUUAGGAUCAUUGAAAACUACUCAUGAGGACAUGUUGACAGCGAAAACUAAGGCUGAGGAACAACUGGAUGCAGUGAGGAAAGAACUAACUGACUUACAGUCAAGUUAUCAAACUCUUCGGUUGGAUAAUAACAGAAACGUUCUGGAGCUUGGAAAUGCUAAAAAGCGAUUAAGCGACGUGGAGGCGUCUUGCGAAGAAACAAAACGAGCUAAGGAGAAGUUGCAAGGGAACUUCACUGACGCAGAAAGGAAGCUGGUCUCCCUUGAAGCAAGUUAUGAGUUGUGCGAAAGCCAGAAAAACGACGCUACCAGAGAGUUGUCAAACAUGGAAAAAAAGCUUGCCCUGUUGGAAUGCUCUUAUAACAGGAUUCACGAUAGGGAGACAGAGUUGGAGCAAGAAAUUCUUGACUCGCACAAGAGGGUUACAGAAUUAGAUUAUGAGCUGCAAGCAAAGAAGGGGUUCCUUGAGGAUGCACAAAAUGUUGUGCAAGACAUGGAAGAAAGGAAUGACGUCCUACAAGUAGAAGUCCUUGACUUGCAAGGAAAGAUUAAUGAGUUGGAAGCCACUUGUGAAAUGUGGAAAGAAAAGGCAAAUAGUUGGGAAGAAGAGAUCAAAGAGGCAGAACGUAGAGUUAGCAAUGCGGAAGAAGUUUACAAAUUUGGACAACUUGAGAAGACGGAACAAGAGAAAGAGCUGACCAUCUUGAGAGACAGCAUCUCAACCUUGGAGCGUGAAAUUCAAGAAGGAAUCAGGGAGAAAGAGGAAUUACUAUCAGAACUGGAUGAUUUAAGGAACACUAGUUUCACUGAUCAAGACGAUGUGAACAACCUGAAGACAGAAAUAAAGGAGUUACAAGGAAAAAUCUCGGACAGUAGCCGAGAAUUUGACGAACAAGCGAUCGCUUUAGAGGAAUGUAGGAGACAACGGGAAACACUGGAAGACGAACUUGACAGGCUUAAGAGAGAUUUAUUGGACAAAGAAAGAUCCAACGAGGAUUAUGAGAGAGAGAAUAACGGGAUGCAACAUGAGCUAGAGGUGAUCAAGGAUGAACUAGAAGAAAAGGAGAGGCUACUGAAACUAUGUGAAGAAGAAAAGGAAAAGGUUCGCAAUGAGAUGAUUACAGCACACAAUCUGGUAUGUACACUGCAAGAUGAUGAUCGAGCGAGUGAAGUUCAGACCCUCGUGCUGCAGCAAGAACUGGAGUUCUUUAGGAAGAAAGUUGCUGAUGCAGAGAAGGAAGUACAAACGUUCAAGACCAAGAAUGACUCAUUGAGGCAAGAUCUUGUUGAUGGGCGCUUUUCGGGCAGCACCGAUCGAGAAUCCGUGCAACAGGAAAUCCGAAGCCUAAGGAAUGAACUCCAAACCAGCACUGAUAAAUACCGUGAGCUCGAAAGGUUUUGUAAAGAAAGUGAAGACGAGAAACUCGGCCUUCAAAGAGAGCUGUUGGAAACACACAAGAAAGCAUCAGAAAUGGUGAUGGCACAUCAACAUUGUCACCAAGAAAAAGAAUCAUUCCAGGAUGAAAUAGCAAAUUUAAAGAGAAGACUACAGGAGCAAGGAGAUGCAAUGGAUGGUACUAAAGACGGAGCGCUUAAUCUUCAAGACGAACUUCUGGAUUUACACCGAAAACUCUCUACCACGGAAAGUAUGUACGAUCGUUCUCAAGACGUCAACAAAAGACUUCAGUCAGGUUUGGAGGAUGCAGAGAAAAAAAUUAGCACUCUUGAAAAUGAGCUUUUCCUUGUCUCGCGUCAUGAGGUUACACAACUUAGUAAUGCCUCUGUUGGCAUUGAGGAGAAAGCUUUCCUUGAAGAAAAGCUGCAAUCUGUCGAGACCAGGUAUGCAGAGUUAGAAGUGACCUACCAACGUAUCGUGCAAGAGAAGAAAGAAAUCUCUGAUGAACAACAAGCAAAAAGUGAGGAGUUAUUUCGUAUUCAGAGGCUACUGGAUGAAAAGACCAAAGAAGCGGAUUACUUGCAAGAGCAGCUGAAUGAUCGCAGCAAUAACUCAAUUUUAGAAACGAAUCGUUUACGAGAUGAACUAGAAGAAACUCUCGAGAGGCUACAUAAGAGCGAAUCUGAAUUAUCUGCUAAAACUUUCGAGUAUGACCGGGCAGUCGAUGACCAUCAACGAGUAGUGUUUGAGAAAGAAAGCCUCAACAGCGAUCUCAACGCUCAAAUAAGUUCUCUUAAUUUUGAAGUGUCCACCUUGAAGAGAGAGCUGGUGUAUACCCGGGAAAACAAGGACACCUGGGACGAGGAAAGGAAGAAUUAUAGAGAAGAAGCUUUUAACUUGAGGAAAGAAAAAUCACGCGCCGAUGAAGAACUUCGUCUAAUUAAAGAUGAUUAUGAGAAUAUCAAGGAAAGGUUUUCCGUUAUGAAGACAGAAAAAGGCCAUUGUGAUGAGGAAAAUGGUAGGCUCAAAGAGGAAAUACAAGCGGCAAACCUCGAGAUUGAUCGCCUUAAACGAGAGAUGUCAAUGAGUAAAUACGAAUAUGACUCAUUUGAAAAUGAAAAGAGCAGCUUUAAGGAAGAAAUUAACACCCUUAAAGUCAGUAAAUCUGAAGUUCAAGAGGAACUUUGGCGGGUGAAACGAGAGCUAGAGAAAUUACAGCGGGAGGCUGGAACUAGAGAACGAGAUCUGGAGGCAUGGGAAAGAGAGAGAUCGACGCUACAAGACGAAAUCAAGACUUUCCGAAGCGAAAAGAUAAGUCUCACUAAAGAGAAUAGAGAACUGACGCGAGAAAUAGAAAGACUGAUGGCUGAUAUAGCAUCCAAAGCUGAAAUAACCGAGGAUGUAGGAAAAGUGAGACGCGAAAGGGAGGAAUUCUUCUACGAAUACACAGUGAUCAAAGAGAAGUACACCAGGAUUGAAGAGGAACGCAGUAUAUUCCUGAUCGAGAAACAAACCUUGGUCCAAGAGAAGCAGAAUCUGGAAUUUGAUCUUAAUGACUGUAAAAACAAGUUGCUAAGGUUUGAAGAGUCUAAUAGUUACUUAGAAGAGGAAAAACGUCGUUUGGAGUACGAAUUGAAAACGGCUCAGGAUCGGCUUUUGAUCGUCGAGAGGGAGUUCGAUUCCAGAGCAAUGGAAAAACAGAAAAUCUCUGAGGAAGUCAGCAGCAUGCGUUUUGAAAUAAGAAAAAUGGAAAUUGAGCUGCAAAAUGCUCAGAGGAAACUGGACGAUGCGAACGAUGACAUCAUCGCCAAACAGGGUCGACUUGAGAGACUGGAGGGAGAACUUGGAGAUCAAAGACGAGAGUGCAAGUUACUUGAGCUGGACCGAGAGCGCAAGGCCAAUGAGGUUAAAAACCUGCAAGACCGGAUUGACGAGCUCGAGCGCGAGAUUCAGAGCUUGCAAGAUGACUUGAUUCUAAGCCACAGAGCAUAUGAGCAGUGUAAGAGACAACUGGAAGACUUUGAAUUGUCUGAUGACCAAACAGAAACAUCCACGCUUCGUGUCGAUGUCACGGAAAGGCCUCAGCAGACAACGACUCUGGACAUUGAUGUGAAACCACAGGUUACAACACUGGACAUCAAUGUGGCACCACAGAGAGCAUUUGAAUACAGCUUUACACCACAAACAGAAGAGUCAUACGUAACUCCGCAGACAACAUUCGAAUACAGCUCUGCGCCACCGACCUCAAGAACUCAAUUUGACGCCAGACCUCAAAGAACUUCGGAAUACAGUUUUACUCCACAGACCACUACUACAGAACUCGAAAUAACGACACAAACAACUACACUCGACAUCGACGUCCAAGAACGUCACGAAACGACUGAACUGGAAAUUGAUAUUGAACAAGAAACAAAAAAUGCACCAAAUGCAUCAUGGUCCACCGGACGUGCCUCAUCUUUUCAGGUGUACAGGGACCGGAAGUAUGGACCUGUGGAAUUUGCUCUCGAGGAAGAGGAGGACGGGGGAUAUGAGAUUGCACAAAUUGAAAGCAGGAGAGAGCCAAGAAGAAGAUGGAAGUAUAUUGAAUACAUGGCAAAUUACGCACACGAAAAAGAACAGAUUCACGAACAGCUCGAACUAGCAAAGGAAACCCUGAACAAAUUAAGGUCGCUUACGGAUCCGAAAAGCGACUCGGAGAAUUUACAUGGUGUACCGAACGGUGAAUCAUCCACAAUGAACGGAGAAAGUGAAUGGGAUGGUUACCGAGAGCUCAGGCAAGACAGCGACGAGGGAGCAAGUUCUGGAGUAGGGAUGGAAUCGCCAAAUUUGGAUCUUAGCCCGCACGAAAGUACAGAUUUUAUAGAAGGUGAUAAAUCACGAGUGGUGCGUGAUAGUCUGGUGAGGGUGCUGGGUCUUCAAGUAUCGAAAUUAGAGGACGAUCUAAAAAUGUCACUGUUGUCCUAUUUUGAACAAAUGGAAGCCCAGAAAGAAGAUUUAAUCUCUAGCUUUGAAAUUAUGCACGCGCAGCUUUUAAGGCAUCAAGAAUCUUGCCAGCAGCAUCGUGAAGAAGAAACGGAGAAGGAUGCUUUAAUCGAGCGGCUGAAAGCUGCUAAACAAACACUUGAAACGGAUGUGGAGACAUUAAAACGAGAGAAUAUGCUACUAAAAGCGACGGGUAAUUCUCGCCCACGUGAAAAUGGACUCCGUGGUUAUCGAAUAAAACCUGGUUACGUUGAGCAUGACGACCUAAGCGAAACGCUCAUGAAAGAAAAUUCUCGUUUAAGGGAAAUGCUUCGUAAAUACGAAUCAAAUGAUUAUGCUAGACUUGAAAGAAAAGUCGCUCUUCAGGAAAAGCUUUGCGAGUCCUAUAACAAAGACAUGAGCUCUAAAGAUAAAAAGCUUAAUCGCUUGGAAGCUGAAAACAAAGGUUUGCAUGAAGAUAUGAAAACACUUCAAGACGAAAUUUUGAGGGUGAAUGCAACACGUUUGAAUUCAGAGCGAGAUAACACAAAAUUACAGCAAGAAUUGCAGUUUAGCGAGGAGCAAAUAAACACUUUGAGAGAAAAGCUUAGUAGCUCGGAGCAAGAGCGUAUGUAUUUACAGCGUUGCAUAAGCGACGCAAAUUCCAAAGCAAACUUGCCUGAACUGGAGAAAGGCAUUUUGGUGCUACGCGAGAAGUGCGAAAGUUACAGAGAUAAGCUGAACGACAAAGAACGUUUCCUUGAAUCUGUGUGCAAGGAGAAACAAGGAUUCAUAAAAGCGAUCGAAGAGCUGAAAAGAGAACUGACCGCUGUUCGAGGCGAAGAGAGGUCGCUGAAGAUAGAAAACGAAAGACUACAGAAAGAAAACGCAGAUCGGGAGAUUGAUCGUUUGAGCUCAGAAACGACGACUGAAGCACAAGGAAGCGAAAUUACUAAAAUGAAGCUGCAUCUACACGAAUUGCAAGGAAAGGUUGAUGAAUUGGAGCGGCAAAAGAGACAACACGAUGACAAAGAAGCGCAGUUAAGUCAGGAUGUUCUCGCGAACUUGGAAAAAUACACCCAAGUUGAGCAACAGUUGUAUCUCGCUAAGAAAGAACUCGCACAAGUACGCGGAUUUUACGAGUCCAGUGAGGAAAAGAAGAGAGAUCUACUAGCAGAAGCUGAGAGGUCUAAAGAAAAAAUUUCGAUUUUAGAGAGAAGGAUACAAUCCAAGAAAGUGAAUGAAGAAGACGAGCAACGAGUUAGUGAUAUUGAGAAGGACGUCCAAGAACUGAACUUGGAAAAUCAAAGAUUGAAGGAAGAUUACGAAACAAGCAAAACAGAAAUCGAAGAGUUGGAAGAAGCAUUGCAAAGCGCACGGGAACAAAACUCUUUGCAAAGAAUGAGAUUAGACGCUCAUGAAACUCUCAUGAAGAGGAAAGAUGAAAGAAUUAAAGAACUACAGAAUGAACUGUUGGAGCUUCACAACCAAAUGGAUGCAUUAACCGAUGAAAUUCUCGGAAAAAAUCGUCAGAUGGAAGGUCUACGAAUGGCGAAGAUGUUGCUGGACCAAGAAUUGGACCUACUAAAAUCUGGAAAAUUACCGAUGCGGUCACCCCAAAAAGAAGGUGCAGCUAAAGAUUCCUGGCCAUUUAACCCCACAGCGGGUCCGGCGAGUCCAGAUAGCGGGUUCUCAGACCUGGAGAGAGAAAAAGCUAUUGACAAACUAAGAAGAGAAAUUCUCAUCCAAAAUAAAUUUCAUCCUCAACAACCCGUUUUGUUCGAGGAAAAUGUGGCAACAAACGAGGACAGUAAAACGAAAGCUGCACUUGCACUGGAAGCUCGCAGGCUAAAAGAAACUGAGAAGCGACUGGCGGACGUCAUUGCUGAGAACGAAGAGCUUAAAGAUCGUGAAGAGGAAGCAAGGAGCUUACAACUUCAAAUCGAUUCGAAGCUUCGUAAGAUGAUGGAAGAGAACAAGGAGUUGAGAGAAAAGGAGAAGGUACUCGCGCAAGCAUUGAAGGAAAGCCACAACAUUAAAUCACGGGUCGAAAAUCGCGUGCAGCAAAAUAACCCGCAGCAGGAGAAACUUGAAGAUAUUUUGCUUUUUGUCGACGAACCGAUAGAGACAGCCAUUUUACAACCUGUUGUGGAGGCAGGUUUAGAGAAUGAUGUGGAAUGUUUAGAAAGUGAACCUGAUGGAACACUCAUAAAUUUUGCCGAUGAACAAGAUGGUCCGUCUAUGAAACCUGUGAUCGAAGGUGUUGAUGAAAUUCAAACCAAUGAGAGGGAGCUGGAAGGUAAAGUUCGAGAUUAUGAAAUAAGUCUGGCCAAGAUGGCAGAAGAUAAGGAACAAUUAUUGUCAGAAUUAUCAAAAACUCAAGAAGACCUAAAAGUUAUGGAGAAGAAUUGUAUCUCUGUUCAGGAAAACAAAGACAAUUUUCAAAAGAUAAUGCAAGAGGAACUAUUUGCAAAAGAUGAAGAGGUUGCCAAGUUACAAAAAGAGCUGUCCGCGUUAUGCAAUGAACGAGAGGAUCUAAAAUCCUUUGUAAAUAGCUCCAAGGAAACAGGUUCUCACGUUGAAGAAGAGUUGUUAAGGGCCCAGAAAAUUAUUCUGGAUUUUGAAAGAAAUCAAGGACUUUCACGCGAGAGAGAACAAUCUCUGCAAGAACUACUUCAUAAAUCAGAAGAUAGCAAUGCAAAUUUGCAGGUACAACUAAGUGAAGCCCAGAAACAAUGCCGAAAUGCAGACCAAGAUGCUAAAAAUUUGCAGCAGCAGAUUCUUCACUUGCAACGAGGUUCUGUAGAAUUGGAACAAGAGGUUAAUGAUUUGCAAAAAAUGCUCUCUGAGGUAACAGAGAAGGAGAGGGCUGUAUCUGAACAGCUUGAGAAGUGCUCCGAUGCCCAGGAGAAGCUGCAAAGAGCACAAGAAGUUAUAGUGGAGCUGGAGAGACAACAGGAAAUUUCACGCAACACAGAAGAAACCCUAAAAGCAAAUUUAAACCAAUCUGAAGAGAGCUAUGCCAAUUUGCAAGUUCAGGUGGGCGAGAAGGGGCGUGAGUAUCAGAGUAUGGAACAAGAGGCGACAGCGUUAUUACAAGAAAUCGCUCUUCUUCAGGAGGGUUCCGCAGAAUUAGAGAGGGAAGUGAACGAGUUACGAGAAAAGAUGGCUGAAGGAGAAGAGAAUGAACAAAAAGCUUCUGAGAGUUUGAGAAAUUUGCAAAUAGAAAACGAACACUUGCAAGAGCAACUGGUGAAGGCCAAAAACAGUUUAGAAACUUCACUACUGGAAAAUAAAGAUGAGAUUUUAGCGCUGAAAGAAGAUAUCAGAGAGAAGGAAAAUCAGAUAGAGCAACUUCAAGACGAAUUAAAUCUCUCUGAACAACGAUAUAGUGAAAUUAAGUCGUUAUCGAGCAACAAUCAAACCGAGAUCUCUGAUCUUCAUGCAGAACUCAUUGAAACCAAAGAGCAAUUUUACACGGUUUCACAAGAAAAAGGAAGACUUACCCACAAUUUGAAAGAUGUGGAACACACCAUUGCAGAACAAGAUGAAAAGAUCCAAGCUUUGGAGUUGGAGAGGAAAGAAAAUAAGAAGAUUAUUUCUGAGAAAGAGAACAAAGUGGAAGAUCUUGUCGAUAAGCUUGAAGAUUACGAAAGUGAAAAUAGUAAGUUGGGAGCAGAAAACGAACGUCUGAGAGCAAAAUUGGAAGAAGCAGCGGAAACGCAAAGUGAAAUGGAACGAUUACUGGCUGAAUCUAAAUUAGAAACGAAAGAAUUUGAGCAGCAGCUAUCAGCAGCUCAUGAAAGUAUAACAGAUUUGGAAACAGCUUUCGAGAGAGGCGAAGACAAAAAUGCCCAAAUUGGGGAAAACUUGCGCGAGGCCAAAGAAAGAAUUGCAAAACUUGAAAUACAGCUGGAUGAGUCGCAAAGAGAGAGUAGGGCAUUCGAAAGGGAUUAUAAUGAUAUAGAGAAGGACCUUGAAAAAGCACACGCGUCUUUGGAUUCAAGCAAAGAAAAGAUUGCAGCUUUGGAGAAAAAAUUGAGAGCAGCAGAGGAGAGUAUUGCAGAACUUGAAAUGGCUAGAGAUAAUGGACUAUCAAACGAACAGUUCUUACAGCAAAAGUUUUCAAAUGCAAAGGAGAAAAUUGACAAAACCGAAGCAGAAAACAAUGACUUGAAGGAGAGACUGACAAAGAUGGAGAGGAAGUUCAAUGAUUCACUUUCCAAACAACAAACACUUGCAGAUAAGAAAGAAGAACUGGAGAAGACAACCAAUGAAAUUCGCCACGAGCUUGAGUAUGAAAGAGAGAAACGUUUAACUUUGAAGCAGAAACUCGAAACCAGAGAUAGAGAUAAUGAAGUUAUUCAAAGAAAAGUGAACUUGUUGGAGAAGAGUAAAGCCGAGAAUGAGGACAUUCAACACAGAGACAUGGAAGAAAAAAACAAGUUGCGAGAAGAAUUAUCGAGGACGAAAAAGAUGUUAUCCGAAUUGGAAGUAACAAGAGAAAAUCAAGAAGAAAACAUCAACGAAAUGGAAGAUUCGUUAAGAGAAAUGCGAGGGAAAACUGCCUCUCUUGAGCAGAGACUGGAAGAUGCUACACGAGAUAAUGCAGACCUACAUGAGGAACUUGAAGAACUUAACCGAAAGUUAAAAUACUCGAAGGAAGAAAACUUAGAAUUGGAGAAACGCUGGCAGAAACAGAAAGAAAUCAGUGAUGAAUUCAGGAAUAAUUUAGCAGAACGUGAAGAGAGCGCUUUGAACUCAAACUACAACCGUGAUGCAGCCGAACGAGCUCUGCAGUCUGUGAAGAAGGAUCUCGCGCGCAAAGAAGCCAAGUUGAAAAUGCAGAAAGAACACAUUGAUGACUUGGAAAAUGAGUCUGAAAAAGUCAACAAGAAACUCAGGGAAACCGAGUUGUCCUACAAGAAAGUAAAUAUCGAGAAUGAAAGGCUUUCAAAAGAAUUAGCCGACACAAAAGCCAAGCUAGCGAAGUUGGAGGCGAUGUAUAAAGAGAAAGCAAACCUUCCGACGGAUUCCGAAGUUGCGGUCGCGAGAGUGUCGGAAUUGCAGUCUAAUCCGGAGAGAGCAGAUAAAUUGAUUCGAGACUGGUCUGACAAGUUAAGCACCGCUCAAAUCAAAGUAACCGACUUGGAAAACGAACUCCUAAAAGAUAUAAAGAAACACGAAAUAAGGGUGCAAAGGACAUCAAUGGGAGGCAAGGAUUGGAGGAGAAAAAGCGCUGAUAAUCUGUCAGAGUACGGAAGGCCGAGCAGAGCACGACAGCGACCGAACAGGAGCCGAGACAGCUCCGUCGAUUCACUUCGAUCAACUCAGUCCAUGUUCGACUUUUUCGACGAAAGUAGUGUACUUAAUGAAGACAGGGCACCCAGUAAUUUAUCUAGGGAGGAUAUGCCUGUGGAAUCAGAUAAUGAGAGCACGAUUAGUAUCCCUGUUGUGAAUGUAAUUCCAUGCGAUAGUAUUACUGCUGAUAAGGUAAAAACAAACACACAAGAACGUUCACAGAAAUUGGACGAUGAUAGCAGGGAAGUCUCUGGUGUCCAAGUUAAUAAACCAGUCAGAGUAGAUACUCCUGAUACCCCAGCUACCGAGGACAUUAUUGACAUUAUAGAGCCACACAUCGAUUUCACGUCACCAGUUCUCGAAAAUUCGCCAGGAAAGCAAACAGCUUCACCAGAGAUGACAGAAGAUCUGUUCGAUAUUACUCGAGAUUUACCAGAUUUCCACACCGAUUACAGCCACGCUGACAUGACUGAAUCGCCGAGUGAAAAACAAACUGCAGAAGACUUCGCAGACGAUCUGAUUGACGGAAAUAACCCCUACAUUGACUACCAACGAUCAGCGGUCACUGAAUCUCCACCAAGUCGAGCAACUUUGACGCAUACGGCAGAUGAUGGUCUUGAUUUAGGAGUAGAUGAUGCUGUUACCUCGCAGAUCGACUAUGAACCGUCACAGGAAUACCAACAACCGCUGUUGAUUAAACCACCUUCAGAUGAUCUGUUUCAGUUUGAGUCCCAGGCCUCUUACACCUCCACCCUGACAAACGUCACUGACCUGACUUUGCAAUCACCAUCUCCCCCUGUAUUUCCUGAGCAAACUCUGCUGGUCUCGUUUGAUCCGUUAGAUCUCCCACAACCUCAGUCUCAAGACAAGAACGAUGAAGAAAUCCUCGAUCCCUUUGAGGAACUAAUGAGAAUGAGAGAAAACCAACAGAAUGUCGACGGCAAAGCAACUGGCAUAAAUGACAAUGGUGAUGUCUUUUUUGACGUCACAGAUGACUUACAAAGCGAUGAGGCUGAUGUCACGUCGAACGAUGACGUAGAUAGUGUUGAUGUUGACAUCACUCACGUUAAACCAAACAACAACUCCUACACUAAUCACAAGACGCUCGGUGACGUCAUUAACUCGCCGAAAGAAUCCGCUCCAGGCCCUUUCAACACUAAAGAUACAAAGGUUGACGGAGGGCAACCAAGCAACUUGCCAAUUGGAAUUGGCGAUAUAAAUCAUGUGACAAGAGCUAAGGGUAAUGUCGUCAACUCUCAAGAAAUAGCUGAACCGGGACCAGUCCCUCAACCAAGGAAAAUUAAAGACAAAUUAAAACCUGCACUGUUUCCUCGAGGGAGCAAGAAACAGAAGAAAGAGAUAACAGAAGCUCCGCAGUACAGUGUUAUGAUUAUGGUAGACGAUGUAAUUGUGCCAGCGCCUUCAGACAAAAAUUCAAGCUCUACUCGCGAGGAAAAGACGAAGAAGAAGCGAAAGGCUAUGACUGCCAACAUCGAGCAAGGUGACGAGAUUUUUAAAUCACCGAGUGAAAUAAGGAGGGAGUUGGAAGAAGCCAGUAAAGGUGGCCAAUUAAAACAAACUACAUCCAAACAAAAUGAACGAAAACAGAAGCAGAAAGUUACUGAAAAAAAAUCUAAUCAGUACCACAUUGAGGAAAAGAAGAAAGAAGUAGUAUUGGAGAAGGGUGAAACUGAAGAUCAGGAUGAGGCAAUGGGAAAAGGACGGCUCCAGAAAUUAAUCGCAGCUUUUGAUAAGAAAUAGAAUUGAUUUUUUUUUUAAAUCUUUACAUUUGUUACAACGGUAGAAAAUGUGAGUCUUAAUGGAGUGAAAACACAUUCUAGCCAGCCUGGGAAGUUGGUAAAAAUUUUACAAAAUAAUAAUUCAAAGUAAUAUCUUUCAACAACGCAAAACUAAUUUUUUAUUAUUAUUGUUCUAUUUGUAUAUAAAUUGUUAUGUAUGGAUAAUCUCCAAACACCCAUGGCCUCAAAAUAAAUUUGAAAUGAAAAUUA